UAAAUUCUUUAUAAUCCCUUUUCUGUCUCUCUGCUUUCAACGGCAAGGUUCUGCGCAGCUCUGGAUUUCUCUCUCUAAAUUCGGAAAAAAUCUCAGCUUCCGUUAACCGAAGAUUGGAUGACCUUGUGUUUUCAAUUCAUAAGAUUUGGGAUUAAUGGAGGAGGUGAAAUUAGCUGAGUUUUGCCGCCAGAACAAAGACUUUGCAACUGCUGGUUCAAGUUCUUCUGUUUCAGAGAAUAGUAAUAGCAUUGGGCCUUGCAUUAGUAGUCCUGCCUGCCCUUCUCCAGCUCAUAGAAGAACUACAGGCCCUAUUAGAAGAGCAAAAGGAGGUUGGACUCCGCAGGAGGAUGAUACAUUAAAAAAAGCUGUUGCCACUUUCAGAGGGAAGUGUUGGAAGAAAAUAGCUGAGUUCUUUCCAGAUAGAUCAGAGGUACAGUGCUUGCAUCGAUGGCAAAAAGUUCUGAAUCCAGAACUUGUUAAAGGUCCCUGGACUGAAGAGGAGGAUGAUAAAAUCAAACAGCUAGUAGCUAGGUAUGGACCUACAAAAUGGUCUGUCAUUGCAAAGUCCUUACCGGGUCGAAUAGGGAAACAAUGCCGUGAGAGGUGGCACAAUCAUUUAAAUCCACAUAUUAAGAAGGAUGCUUGGACUUUGAAUGAAGAGCUCAUUCUGCUUAAUGCACACCAGAUUCACGGGAAUAAAUGGGCUGAAUUAGCUAAGCUGCUUCCUGGAAGGACCGAUAAUGCCAUAAAAAAUCACUGGAACAGUUCUUUGAAGAAGAAGAAAGAUUUCUAUCUUGCUACUGGGAGCCUCCCUCCAGUUAGCAAAACUGUUUUCCAAAAUGGUGGUACGGACAUCGACAGGAAAACUUCAAAUGAAGAUAUAUUUUUUGGUUCAAGUAAGGGAUCGAAUUCAGCAGUUGUUGCUUCAUCAGAAACUACUGAUUCAUGUAAAAAUGGUGCUGCAGACCUCCAUAGGGGAGCUGCAAAUGGAGAUCUAUCUGUUGGCUCAAAAGAAGCUGUUGUAGCUUCAUUUGAAAUUACUGAUUCAUGUGAAGGUAAAGAUGGGAAGUUUAAGCCUGAGGCAGCCACCAAGGAUAAGGAUGUCAAUCAGCAGAGCAACUCUGCCAAUGCUGCGUGCACCAAGUGUGACGAAGUGCAGCCAGAAGCAGAGAUUAUUCGUUCCAGGGUAGAGUUUGAGAAUGAGGAGCAUGUAAGAUACAGUGAAAUUGAUCAGUAUCGUGUGGUUGGAGCCUCAUUGCAAUAUGAUACUCCAACACAUGGCAUGUUAUACUAUCAACCACCAAUAGUUGACGAUUAUAGUCUGCUAGAUAUGGGGCUUUCAAAUGUAUCCUUGAUGCACCCAGAAUCUGGUAUCACUCAUGCAAGUGAAGCAUCAACGUUCUUUACUCCACCAAGUGUGAAGAGCAGAAUGUUGCUUUCACAAACUCCCGAGUCUAUAUUGAGACUGGCUGCAAGAAGCUUCCCAAAUAUUCCAUCCAUACUGAGAAAGAGGAAGUUGGAAAUGCAGCCCAAGGAACCAGUUUUAUCCAAUGAUAAGCAUUGCAAAAAUAGUUGCGAAAACUCAGGAUUGCAAGACAAUAGUGCUGAUCCUUCUUUGGAAGAGGAUUUUGGAUCAAGCAAGUCAUUUAAAUCAUCUCCUCCUUAUAGGUUAAGUCUUGAGAGGACUUCAGCUCUCAAAUCUGUGGAGAAGCAGCUUGAUUUCGAUGUUAAUAUAGAGCAACAGUACCCGGAUGACAAGAAAAGGUUUGGAGAGACAGUGGUCAAAGAAAACCCUCCUGUAACAAAAUUUGUCUACAGACGUCAAAGACGGGGAUGACUUGUAUCUAUGUAGUAGGUUUCUGCUAGAUUUCCCUGCAGAUGGAAAUGGAAGAUAAAUGAAGAAGCAAAAUCCAUCCAUCUUACCAGGUGCGGCCAGUAUAUCUCCCAAUUCUUUAUUGCUCUUGAAAAUUAUCACUCACUAAUUGAAUUGUACAUAGAACUAUUUCCUGAGUGGUAAAUAACGUAUCUGAAAGUCCCUUUAGAGAAUAAAUAAGGCUUAUUGUUGUAGCUUUUAGCUGUUAUAUCUUACAUGUUCAUGUUUUGGUUUCCCACUGCAGCAUAUUCAUCAUGUAUCCGCUACACUAGUAUUUGUUUUAUGGCA